UGAUUCUCAUGAUGAAAUAGCUGCCGCAAUGCCGAUAUAAAUAACAGCAGACUGGUCAUACGCCUUCAGGAAUAGCCAGAGACUACUCACGCCGACUCGCGAGGACCACAACCAUGGCUGAAAACAUCCUGGAAUCUUUGACCGCCAGCAACAUAUUUGACCUUCAAGGUGUGGUUGCAGUGGUCACGGGAGGUGGUACGGGAAUAGGGCUCAUGAUCAGCUCGACCCUCGUAGCCAACGGCGCCACCGUCUACAUCAUUGGACCCAAGCAAGAUGAUCUGGAUAGGAUCGCCGAAGUGUACAACAAGGCAGCCGCAACCCAAGAUGGGCGAGGCCGGAUGCACGGAAUCCAAGGCGACGUCAGAGAGAAAUCGGAGGCUGUUAGACUUGCGUCAGAGGUUGCCAAGCGAGAACCUCAUGUCACGAUUCUCUUCAAUAACGCUGGCAUACACCAAGGUCUAGCUCAAAGGCCUGCCGAGGCCACGGCCGCUGCCUUCAUCGAUGCCUACUUCGACCCCGUUACACAGGAACACUUCACCAAUUCCAUAAACACCAACUCUGUCGGCCCUUACUGGCUCACUUUCGCUUUUUUGCCUUUGCUUGAGAAAUGGAAGGCAGACUCAAACCCUCUCAGCAAGAAGUUCGUCCCUCAGAUCGUCAUGACAAGCAGUAUGAACGGAUGGACAAAGGAUUCAGCCACCGGCGGCAAUUCCUUCCCUUACCUGUUCUCCAAAUCAGCCAUCGGACAUGCAACGUCCUCGCUUGCGCACGAGCUUCUCCCGCUCGGUAUCCGAGUGAACGGCAUUGCUCCGGGUUGGUUCGUCACCGAGAUGUCUAUGCCAGGAACAAUCGACUCCCUCGGCAUUUCGCACGCGCCGCCCGACCACAAAUUAAACUUCUCUGUCCCUACUGUGCCGACCGGCGGCACACCCCGCGACAUGGGCACGCUCGCGCUCUUCUUGGUCGCCAACUGGUUUGUCAACGGCGAGACGGUGUUGAUCGACGGUGGGACGCUGUUGAAGCACCCGAGUUCCUACUAGAAGUGAACUGGCAAGCGAUGUCAUCUUCAUACGAUUUGCCUUGCCGCGUUCGGUGUGCACUUCGCGGUGUCGAUGCUACGUUCUUCGUAUGAUUGACCGAGGCACUUGUUCUGCC